CUUAAAAGUAUAUGGUGAGUUAUUCUUUAACUGCAGAUGCUUGCAAAGGACGAUGCUACAGCAAUGAGGCAACCUUCAAGUGCACCAGCUUCAUCCACGGGAAUAUCACAGCAUCAAGAUGAGCCAGCAGGUCUCUCUGAAGUGACAAUAGCCAUGGACAUCUCCGAGGGCUUGUCAGAUGUGCUAGCAGAGGGUGCUGCUACAACUGCUAGCUCGUCCUUCGCUGAUUCAGACAUUGCUGAUGAGCCUUCCGAAAUCCAACAUGUCCUGGUAUGUUUGAUUGUGGUAAUGACCACAGGGCUUGCUUUUUUCAUGCGUAUGCCUUGGUUCAUUCAUGCUCCACAGCAAGCAGAAGACACACCUGAAAAGGCCUUUCUGAGGCACGAAGUGAGGCGUUACUCGCAACUGCAAACUGCGACCAAGAAAAAGAUCAAGACUCUGCAGCAAUCCCGUCGCCGGCUUUUACAUAAGGUUGCUCAUCUUCAAGAUGUCAUUCAAGAUUUGUCUGAGAAUCGCAUUCUAGGAAAUGAGGAUGUUGCCACGCUGCAGAGUCUUG